AUGUGUGAUAAGUCAAAGGAAAUACUGGACUAUACAAUAGAAUUCUUGGACAAGUACGUACCAGAGUGGUUUGAAACGGGGAACAAAUCUCCCUUGUUCAUUUUUUUCUCAGGUCCACAAGGUUCAGGUAAAAGUUUUACAAGUAUCCAAAUUUAUGAUCAUCUAGUGGAAAAAUACGGGGAUACAAAAUCUGUCAAUUUUGCCUCAAUUGAUGAUUUUUACUUAACCCAUGAGGACCAAUUGAAAUUAAACGAGCAAUUCAAGGGCAACAAACUAUUACAAGGACGUGGAUUACCUGGUACUCAUGAUAUGAAAUUAUUACAAGAAGUUUUGAAUAUCAUCUUCAAUAAUGAUCAACAUCCAGAUAAAAAAACUGUUACAUUGCCCAAGUACGAUAAAUCCCAGUAUAACGGCGAAGGUGAUCGUUGUCCUACUGGUCAAAAAGUAAAACUUCCAGUCGAUAUCUUCAUCUUGGAAGGAUGGUUUCUGGGAUUUAACCCUCUUCUACAAGGUAUUGACAACAAUGACCUUCUCACUGGGGACAUGGUUGAUGUCAAUGCCAAAUUAUUCAUGUAUAGUGAUUUGUUGUGGCGUAAUCCAGAAAUCAAAUCGCUAGGGAUAGUAUUCACUACCGAUGACAUUAAUAACGUUUACGGUUGGCGACUGCAACAAGAGCAUGAACUACUAUCAAAGGUAGGGAGGGGGAUGAGCGAUGAACAGGUGCACGCAUUUGUGGAUAGGUACAUGCCCUCCUACAAACUUUAUUUCAAUGAUUUUGUUCAUAGUGAGGGCCUAGGAUCUAUAGCCACAUUGACUUUAGGGAUUGAUUCAGACAGAAAAGUAUACUCCACGAAAACCAGAUGCAUUGAGUAG